AUGACAAAAAUAAGAGAUUACAAUGUAAUUUACACUGAUGGAUCUAAGCUUGAUCAGAAAGUGGGUUGCGCAAUAUAUUUGGAAAAUUUGAACAUUAAGUUGGGAUAUAAACUGCCUGAUUUUGCUUCUAUUUUUACUGCGGAAAUUUUUGCUAUUAAAAAGGCAAUUGAGUUAAUUCAAAGGCACAAAAUAAUGAAGACAGUUAUAUUCACCGACAGUAAAAGUAGUAUAGAAACUCUACAAAAUUUAUACAACAAAACUCAGACAUCAGAUAUAUUGUUCUAUGAAGUGUGGUUCGAUAUUAUUAGGCUGAUGAGAAUAGGGUAUACCAUUAAAAUAAUAUGGAUUAAGGCUCACUCAGGAAUCAAAGGAAAUGAAAUAGCUGAUAAAUUAGCAAAACAAGCAACAAAAAAUGGAUCUAUUAUGCAUGUAGCAACAUACAAGGAUUAUGUAAAACGGUGUAAAAAUAGAAAUUGUAAAGAGUGGCAAAAAGUAUGGAUCGAUCCAAAUGAGACUAGAGGGGCCUAUUAUAGAAUAUGCAAUCCAGCAGUGGGAAGCAGAAUGUGGCAAGAAAGUUUCAAAUUUGAGGAUAGAAGAACCUUAGUAACAUUAACGAGGUUAAGAUUAAACCAUGGAAGCUUUCCAUCACACCUGCAUCGGAUAGGUGUUGCAGCUUCGAAUGUAUGUAGGUGUGGUAAAGCAGUUGGAAGUGGUGAACAUUUAAUAUUGGAGUGUAGACUGUUUGAGAAGAACAGACAAGAUAUGUUGAAUAAGCUGCAUGAGUCAAGGAGGAUCUUGUGGCUAGAUAUAAGCUAUGUCAGCGGGAUGGAUCCCGUAACUCCUCCGGCCCUAGAUGAAAAACCUCGGGGUGCAGGUUGGUGGUUGUGGUUGGUUGUGGCUCUCUUGUUCUUGGGGUGUCUCUACUUCUGGAGUAAUUUGUAA